AUGACGGCCGUUGAAGCAACCCCCGUUUCGUCUGAGUCCGGUCUCAUCAAAAUGGAAGACCGGAAGAGACCUGCUGGUCCUGAGCAGAAUGACGCUGCUCCUCCAUUGAAAAAACAGGCAACUUCUGUCAAUGGAAACAAGCCUCAUCCAGACGCAGACAUGCCCUGGAAGGAUGACCUGGAACGUUUCACAAAAGAUGCGAUCUGGCGUCAAAUGCAGGAAUUCAAGCGGGAAAAGGUCACGUUGGAGGCCAAAGUCAAAGAAAUGACCAAAGCCGCCACCUUCCAUCAAGACCACCUUCGAAUAAUUGACGCAUGGUUUAAACAAUUGAUCGAUGAGGUCAAGAUAUUAGCCGGGGAUUCGGAUGUGGAAGCAAAAGAUCACCCGCCAUUUCGCACGUCGCUUCUAUUCGAUGAUAAUGAGAAGUUUAAGAAGCAUUUAAAAGAUCGGUCCGACGAUAUCAAGGAAACGAUAUCUAGAUUACUUACUCAUUCUCCAAAGGCGACUUCUGAAGUUUCAGAAUUGCAGAGCAAAUUGGCGAAGAAGUUGGCUGAAGAGAAAGUUUCCAUAAGCGAGCUUGAGAAGGCUCUGUCUGAAAGACAGCAAUUUGAGGAGCAACUAGAAGCAGCCUCUUUGCGAUAUAUGAUGGCCGAGAAGAAGCUGGACCGAGCAAAAAGUUUGACUGCCGCUAAGCUUGAAAAACAAUAUAUUCUUGGUGCGCAGCGUCCCGGUGGAGACGGCCAGUCAUCUGCAAGUCGCGAAGAGAGCACACCAGUGAAUGGAACCGAUUCUCCUGCUGAAAAGAGCACUGACUUGGAGGAAACCUACAAUAAAGCGAUAGCCACGUCUCAGAAACAACGGGAACAGCUGGAUGCUCUUGAGGCGGAAAAUGCGAAAUUGAUGAGCCAGGUGACGUCCUUAUCCGUGAAGAACUCAAAGCUCACAGAUGAGGAUUAUGCCCAUACCGAUCUCUUCAAACAACUCAAAUCUCAACAUGAAGAUGUGAUUAAACGAAUCAACCAUUUAGAAGCGUUGAACGUCCAAUUAAGGCAGGAAGCCGAGAAGUUCCAAGCGGAGCGAACUGCUUAUCGGAAUCGGGUGGAUGCCGAGAAACAGAAAGAAAUGGAAGAAAAGAAUGCGCAAUUACAAAAAGCCGAAACAGACCUCGCAAGAAUCAGGAAUGCCCGGGAUGAGCUCCUUGCCGACCAACAAAUGAGAAAAGCCGCGCAAGACCAGGACAAAAUUGCCGUGGAAAAGGUUCGAGAAUUGGCGGCUGCAAGAGAAGCGCAGAUACAAGCCCUAGAAUCUGAGUUAGAAAGAUUGCGUAUUCAAGUUGACGGUUUGAAGGAACCUUCGACAGAAGAGCUUUCGAUGGAGGCAUUGCGCACCAAAUAUUCAAACCUUGACCGGCAAUACGCACUUCUCAACACAGAGCUUAUCUCCAUGCAAACUGCUUGCAAGAAGUACUCAAUUCUUGCUUCGCAGAAGGUAGCGGAAUUUGGCGCUCUGGAGGAAAAGGUUCAACGUUUAGUUGCAGAGAAAUCGAAGGCCGAUCAAAAGUACUUCGCCGCCAUGAAGAGCAAAGAGGCCCGUGACGCUGAGGUUCGCACUUUAAGGUUACAGAACUCUAAGAGUUCUGAUAUCAUUUCUCAGCUCAAGGAUGCAGAGUCUGCCACACGUCUUCUUGUUGUGAAUUUAGAAAAGCAAAUUGCUGAAGGAAAAGAAGCUUUGAACUCGGUUUCAAACAAGUAUCGUGCUUCGCAGCAGCAGAACAAUGAAAACAAUAUCGCUAUCGAGGGCCUUAAAGCGCAGGUUGCUGAACUCAAGACUGUGGCAUCGACAAAGGACUCCUCGAUAUCUGCUACAGCCGCUGCUCAUAGAAAAGCCGUGGCCGAAAUUGAGGGUUUGAAGGCGUCACUUUCCGACACCAAGAAGAGCCUCGAUAACUGGCGAACCAAAUCUCUCGGAAAUUCCUCUUCGGAGUAUGAAAUGUUGAGGGCUCUUGCACUCUGUACAGUAUGUCGGCGCAACUUCAAAAAUACUGCCAUCAAAACUUGUGGGCAUGUCUUUUGCAAAGAAUGUGUGGAAGAACGACAAGCCUCUCGGUCCCGAAAAUGUCCAAAUUGUAACAAGUCUUUUGGAAGCAACGAUUAUAUGCAUGUCACCCUUUCAUGA